UUAACUAGGGUUCGCUAGCUCGACCAAUCAGAACAACGCUUCUACUAAAGUUAAUGUCAAAUGACCAAUCGUAAAACCGCAUUUACUGGUAAUUAGCGCGAUUGUGUUUACUAUUUCAUUAGAUAAUUGGCGCGCUUUGUUGACAAAACUCAACGCCGCUGUAUGAAAUGGUGAAUUAAACUCCAGUUAAAAUGACAAUCACAGGAGAAUUUGAGGAAAACUGCAAAGUUAAAGAUCCUAUAUGGACGCCAGUGGAAGUAGAGAAAUUCUGGCAGGUUAUUGAACCGUAUUUGACAAACCUUCUAAAUGGGGCUUUGAAUUUGCCUGGUAGCAACAUAGACUUUAAAAACUUGGACCCGCAAAGCGAGAACAACCUUCGACAAUGCCUUCAUUUUGUCCACCAACAACUUUGGCAAGGAAAGUAUACACAGAGCGUGGCGAAUCUGAAAGCUGUGCGGAAGUUUUUCAGUGAAUUAUAUACAAAGGAAUCACAAAAGGAUGAACAUUGCAAGCGAUGCCCCUACAGUGAAGGAGAUCUUGAGCAUAUCAGGCGGAUUUUCUUCUCACAGCCAGUAAAUAGGCAUGUUUGCAAAGACUGUUGGACGUAAAGCAGACGAUAGUCGUCAGGAAAAUAUGGAGAGACGCAACAAAAGCUUCAUUUAUACAGCUCCUCUACUCCUGCAAGAGACUGGGGACGAGUCAGGCUCAUCAACAGGGCGCCUAGACAAGCCCCCACUAAUGCGCAUGCUUGACAGAGACUCGGAGAGGACAAGGACGUACCAACUCUGUCGUUCAUCUAUGAACUUACCCAGGAUUUAAAUAUGCUUAGUCAGCCUCUAGUUUCUGCGGUUCUAUGAACGCUGUCAGACAAUGAACUUUAACAUUAAGGGCCUAGGGCCAAAUGGCUAAGGGAAGAGAAGGGAUGUCUGUUAAUAUAACUGUGGAGGGGAGGGAAGGGAGUUGGAUCAAAAGAUGCUUAGUCAGCCUCUAGUUUCUGCGGUUCUAUGAACGCUGUCAGACAAUGAACUUUAACAUUAAGGGCCUAGGGCCAAAUGGCUAAGGGAAGAGAAGGGAUGUCUGUUAAUAUAACUGUGGAGGGGAGGGAAGGGAGUUGGAUCAAAAGAGUGACGAUGGGGAGGGGGGGGGGGGGAGGGCAGGAUGCAAAUAACGAUACGCAGAUGAAGCGUUCAGGCAGGAGGCCGAUAGAGCCUAACGUAAUUCUCCCAAAACACCGCCUUAUUCCGUCCCCCUAAAACUGUGAGCAACAAUUCCGUGCAGAUAGUUACUGUUUCUAUUGACAGUUUGUAGAUAAAAUUACAUUAAUUUUUAUCCAAUAAAUCUUGAUGAGAAAA